GGAGUAAAUAGCUGAUGAGCGUGUGUAUGCGGCAGCGGCAAUCGUCUAAAAUUAUCGCCUCGUGUGUCCCUGGCUCUUUCGCUGGAGGAGUGUAGGAGGAAAUAAAUAUCUUUCGUUUUUGUUCAGUGUGCAGUGUGCUUCCGAGUUCCGACCCACAUGGUAGAGAAAUGUGUGCGUCCGUCGUCACGCUGUGUUGGUCGUUCGUGAUGUUACUACUGCUCGUGGGAGCUUCCGAAGACGACAUUGUUAAGCCGUCGGCAAGCAACAAGGUCGUAAAAAUCGUUGCGUUGUUCAACGAGAACGAUGAUUCCGCCAAUCAGUUGGCGUACAACGUGAGCGCAAAAAUCGUUAACAUUAUGGACACGGUGUUGCCUAAAAACAAAAUCGUCCCAAGAUCCGAGUACGUCGUGAACGACAUGUAUAACGUGACACGUGUUGUAUGUGACUCGUUGAAACUUGGAAUCGCAGCGUUUAUUGACGGAACAGACGACGAAGACAUUGCAAAUGUGGUCAGAUCUAUUAGCACCCGAACACAAAUACCAUUCAUCGAAACGCAUUGGAAAACAUUCCACCGACCCCCUGAUCCUUACGCCAUAAAUAUUUAUCCCGAUCCGUCUCUCUUGGCGAAGGCGAUACGAGAUAUAAUAUUGGACAUGGAUUGGAACUCUUUCACUGCUAUCUAUGAAAGUCCAGAAAGUUUGAUUAGACUCAAAGCCCUGUUAAUGCAUUUCGAUUACGGGCACAAGGCUCCGGGAAAAUCUAUUAAAAUCGUUCAAAUUCCACCUACAGACGAUUUUCGGCCGUUGUUCAAGGAAUUGAAGUUGUCUGGUGAAAAACACAUUAUAUUGGACUAUGAAGUAGAACACAUCAUGCACAUACUGGGACAAGCCGAGGAAGUGCACUUCAUGGGAGAUUACCAGAGUUUCGUUAUCACAAAUUUAGACGCGCACACGUUAAGUUUCAGCGAGUUCCAUAAAUCGAUGGCCAACAUAACGUUGAUACGGUUAAUCAACCCGGAAAGUCAGCACGUCAGAAACGCCGUCGAGGAAAUCGUGUUCAACGAACAGAAAAGCGGACGGAUCAGUGUUUUAUCGCCGGAUACUAUGAAAACAAAAACCGCUUUGCUGUACGAUGCGGUGAACUUUUUCGCAACAUCGCUCCAUGGUUUGGUGGCAACCCAAACGAUGGGGCCCAUGAGAAUCGCUUGUGAUGACAUAAAACCGUGGGUGCACGGAUACAGUCUAAUCAACUACAUGCGAGUGAUGGAGGUAAAUGGAUUGACCGGAAAAAUGAGAUUCGACGCAGAAACAGGUAACAGAAAUUACUUUAAAUUAGAUGUGGUCCGAGUGCAAGAGAGCAAGAAACAUCGUUUGGGAUCUUGGGAUCCGGAGUUGAAUAUGACGCUAACGAGAUCAGUGUCAGAAAUUAAUUCAGAAUUCGCCCAGUCGAUUACGAACAAGACAUUUAUCGUCGUCGGAAAAUUAGUUCAACCAUAUCUUAUGAGAUGCAACGCCACGGAAAAAGGAAUGGACAAAGACGAAGAAUGUUUCGAAGGAUUUGCGUACGACUUGGUCGAGGAAAUGGCCAAAUACAAUGGAUUUAAAUUCAAGUUUACUACCAACCAAGAUUACGGCAUUAUGAAUCACAAGACCGGCAAGUGGAACGGUAUGAUUGGAGAGUUGCAGUCCAUGCGGGCGGAUCUAGCGAUCUGUGACCUUACGAUCACUUUUGACCGGCGGAACGCGGUAGACUUUACGACGCCGUUCAUGACGCUGGGCAUAAGCAUACUGUACGCGAAACCGGAGAAGAAGAAACCACAGCUAUUCUGGUUCCUGAACCCGCUGUCUUUCAGCGUCUGGAUGUACACCGCGACUGCGUACCUGGGCGUGUCUUUGUUCUUGUUCAUGUUGGCCAGAAUGACACCGUUCGAAUGGGAACUCCCGCACCCGGUCAAGCCCGGAGACGACACGUUGGAGAAUUCAAUGACGCUGCUCAACUGCCUGUGGUUUUCCAUCGGUUCCGUGCUGUGUGCCGGAUGCGAAGUCCUACCCAAGGCAGUGUCCACGCGUUUAGUGGCAGGGAUGUGGUGGUUUUUCGCGCUGAUCAUGACCUCGUCGUAUACCGCCAACCUGACCGCGUCUAUUACCAGCGGACGUCUGGACACUCCAAUCAAGAACGUCGAUGACUUGUCGAAAGACUCGAACAUCGAAUACGGCUGUUACGAAGAAGGAUCGACGGCCAGUUUUUUUCAGAAAUCGAACUUGAGUUUGUACCAGAGGAUGUGGAGCGUAAUGGAAGCGUCUAACCCGACCGUGUUCACGAAGAGCAAUCAGGAGGGCGUUGACCGGGUACUCAAGGGUAAAGGCCGGUACGCGUUCCUCAUGGAAUCGUCGAGCAUCGAGUACCAGACGGAACGCAACUGCAACCUGAUGGAAAUCGGCAACACACUCGACUCCAAAGGGUACGGCAUAGCAAUGCCGAUGA